AUGGACACAACAACGGCUAGCCCCGAGCAGCCAACGAGACUGCCUCACCACACCGAUGCUUACCUAGCAGAGAAUAGGGGCCCAAUGGUGGUGGCAAUCUGUGUGACCCUGGCCUCGAUAAGCACCAUUUUCGUUUUUCUUCGCCUGUUCACCCGAGGAAAGAUAAUGGCCAAAGUCCAGCUUGAUGACUGGCUAACGUCAGUAUCUGUGUUGCUGCAAUGGGCCUGUGUCGCCUGCGUUGUGCUAGCGACUGAAGAAGGGAACGGGCGGCAUGUCGAUACCCUGAGCGCCCACGAGAAGGAACGUACAAUAUUCUGGACCCUACUCGCCUCCGCCACGGCAACUCCUGGAUUCGGUCUUCCCAAGAUUGCCGUGGUGGCUCUCCUGAAUCGACUGAUGAACCCAGCAAAAUGGCAUGCAUACUUCCUGUGGGCACUCUCGGGAACUUGCAUGGCGUCGUUGGUCGGCUGCAUCAUCUUCCUAUACUCUCUGUGCACACCUGUACAGUCUCUCUGGAAUGUCGGAUGCUACGCGGGUGUCUGGCAAGCUCGACUAACCCUUAUCGUAGGCCUCUCGGCUUUUACCGACCUUUACCUUGCGAUAUAUCCCGCAACUGUGCUUUUCAAGCUUCAGAUGAAUAUCAGGAAGAAAAUCGGCCUGAGUGUGGCCUUAGGGAUAGGAUCCGUGGCAACUAUCAUCGCAGUCACGAAAUGUACCCGGCUGCCUGCUCUGGCCGAAGUGGACUUUAGCUAUAAAACGGCCGAUCUUGUUAUCUGGCUCGUUGGCGAAGGCACUACCAUCAUUGUGGCUUCGUGCAUCCCUCUUUUACAGCCACUGGUAGAAUUUAUCUUCGGUCGCCGAGCCUUAAGCUCAUCUUCCGAUCCAAGCAAUUUUACACCAAACCGGCACACGCGAGGAAAGAAAGACCUAGAGACAGGCACACGUAUUACGAAUAAGCGCCGUAGUCUACGCCGUGACGCGAACCACGAUGCCUCAGAUACCGAGCUUGUGGAAGUUGAAUCACAAGAAACAUUCUUGCGCGAGCCCGACACGGUCGAAACUGUCGAUCAUCUAGCAUCUGCGAGCGCAGAUGUGGAUAUAGGCAACCGCAUUUUGCGGACGGAUGUUGUAACGAUAUCGUAUGACAGGGAGGCUAUACAAGGGAAGAUAGAUGAGGCACGAGUUCCUAGUAAAUCUUGUGACGAUCCUGGCCAUGGUUGGGUGAAGCUUUGA